UCUGUAUGCCUACUUUGCAAGAGGAUUUUCUCGCUUGUUCACUUUGCAUUGUUGAUGCGUCAGUCCUUUCUUCCUCCUCUCUUCCAGGGGCUGGAGGGGCAGAGCCAGACGGAGGAGCCGGCACUGCGGAGCUGCCACCUGAUUGGCUGGACGGUCGCGGCUGGACUAUAAAGGAGGCCCCUGCAGGCUUGCGAGGGAGACGCUCAGAGCAUUCUGACUGCAUCUUCACAGGGGAGGAGGCAACGUGCGCUCAAAACAGACGCCACAGCUCCUCCUGCCGCAUUUUUUGCUUGUUUACCAAUCCCACGCUGUUAAACAAGAUGUGCAAAGGACUUGCAGGUCUGCCGGCUUCUUGCUUGAGGAGUGCAAAAGAUAUGAAGCAUCGGCUAGGGUUCUUGCUGCAGAAGUCUGAUUCCUAUGAACAUAAUUCUUCCCACAGCAAGAAGGACAAAGUGGUUAUUUGCCAGAGGGUGAGCCAAGAGGAAGUGAAGAAAUGGGCUGAAUCACUGGAAAACCUGAUUAGCCAUGAAUGUGGGCUGGCAGCAUUCAAAGCUUUCUUGAAGUCUGAAUACAGUGAGGAGAACAUUGACUUCUGGAUCAGCUGUGAAGAGUACAAAAAAAUCAAAUCACCAUCUAAACUAAGUCCCAAGGCCAAAAAAAUCUAUAAUGAAUUCAUCUCAGUCCAGGCAACCAAAGAGGUGAACCUGGAUUCUUGCACCAGGGAGGAGACAAGCCGAAACAUGCUGGAGCCUACAAUAACCUGCUUUGAUGAGGCGCAGAAGAAGAUCUUUAACCUGAUGGAGAAGGAUUCCUACCGCCGCUUCCUCAAGUCCCGAUUCUAUCUUGACUUGGCCAACCCUUCCAGCUUUGGGUCAGAUAAGCAGAAAGGAGCCAAGAGUUCUGCAGACUGUGCUUCCCUGGUCCCCCAGUGUGCCUAGUUCUCACUUGGAGCAAGGGCUGAAAUGCCAAGACUCUAUGCUCUGGAAAACCUGAGGCCAAAUAUUGAUCUGUAUUAAGUUCCAGUGCUUUAUCCACAUUGUAGCCUAAUAGUCAUGCUGCCUGCCAUGUGUGAGUCACUUCUACAUAUAAACUAGGUCUAGUUUUGGUGUUUGAGUGUUCAUCAGGGUGGGGCCCCACACCAGUCCAAUUUUCCCGAGUUUCUUUUAGGGGGCCAUGUGAGCAAGUAUCUAAAUAAUUGCCUUGUAGGUCUGGAUUUUCAAAGAUUGUUGGCAGUUCUUUCCUCCCAACAGUUUGACCUCAGGUUGGUUGGUUAGGACAUGUCACGAGACAUCCACACGCACACAUAUUCUGUUAGCCAGCACUUUCUCCAGACUCUAGAUGUUGAGAUGAGGUUGAUCUAUUUAUGUAAGUGUAUGUAUGUAUAUUAUAUAUAUAUUCACAUACACACAUGCACAUUCUGUAUAUAUAUAUAUAGAUGUCUGUGUAUACAUAUGUGUGUGUGAGUGUGUAUAUAUACACACACACACAUUUCUGCAAGGGUAGAUGGGGAAGACCCUAGGUGCUCAUAACUAGAGUGUGUGCAUGUACUUACAUGCAUGUUCGAUCUAUGAUCUUUCAUACUGCAUUUGAACAGGGCAAAACUGAGCUAAUUGCCAUGCAAGCUAAAAAAGAAAUGCUAACCUGUGGAAAGUUGGUUCUGUAAAACUCCAUGGGUCUUGCUAGAGAAGCAUCAUCCAAGGGAAUUUAUGCUUAAUGUAACUACUGACAGCCUCCGCCUCGAGCACUGUUCUAAGGAGCAAAUACCAUAAAAAUAAUGUACCUGACUGGCACUGAGCUGUCUUGGGCUGGUUGUCACUAAUGGCACUUUUGAGUUCCUAAGCUGUCAGCUUCUUCUUUGCCUGGGUGCUCAAGGCAUGCUUCUUAGCAGCUGGUUUGUGUGAAAUUGGAGACAGGAUGCUUGAGCUGAAUGAAGAAAUGCAGUUGAAACUUUGCCAGCUAUAUCUACCAUAAGUUACUGGCUGAGCAAGGAUGCAGAAUUUAAAACUUACUAUUUUUACCCUCUAUCCUUUAUUCCUCUCUUGAUCAAGGUGCUCUUCUCAUUUUAUUUUUCCUGAGGACCUUAGCCAUCAGAUGAAACUCUUUAGUUCAUUGUGGUUAGUUGUGGUUUUUUUCCUCCUCCAUACUGUCUCCAGGCAAAAUGCUUAUGUUUAUAAACCAGCAGCAGGAGAAAGAUUGUAUUUCAUAAAGGGGAAACAAGUUUCACAAACUGAAAAGCCACCCUAAGUUUUCUCUUGCAAAGUAGAAUCUUAAUUUCAUCCCCUACAUCAGAGCUAACUGAAACUGAAAGCAUUUCUUUUUAGGCUCUGAGAUUAACUGUGAGGACAAAAUAAAGAUGUAUAAAAUAAGAUAUAUAAAAUUUAAAAAGAUACUAAUUGUUAGAACUACUGUUUGAAACUUUUCAAGGCACAUUGAAAUACUUGAAAAUUUCUCACUCAUGUUAUUUAUGAUGUUGUUUUGUAUGUGUUUUUAUUAUUAUGUUGUUUUAUAAAUGGAGGUGCAGGAUAUCACCUGAAUUAUUAAUGAAUGCCCAGGAAGUAAUUUUCUUCUCAUUCUUCUAAAAUGACUGCCUUUGAAAGUGUGCAUACACACAUACACACACACAUUACAUGCAUGAGCACCUUUGUGGCUUUUAAGUCAAUGUACUGGGCUGCAAAAAGAAGACCCCAGAGUGUGUGUAUACAAGUCUUAAUGCAGUAAAGAUGUAGGAUAUCUAAAUGUACCCUUCUUGUGUCUCUGGCAAUCUUGCCUUUAAUAUCUCCAGAGUUCCUCAUCAGUUUCCCUUUCUGUUAUACACAGUUCCACAAUGUUGUCUCUAGUUGACUUCAAAUGUAUAACUUAUUGCCCUAUUAUAACUGUCAUGACUUUCAGAUUGUAUCUGAACUCACAGACUGCUGUCUCGCACAUAGGUCUGGAGGGUCAUUCUGAAUGAGAAGUAAAUUAUUUUACACAAUACAUUUUUGAGUGUGGUUUUCGACUGUAUUUUUCUGUUAUUACAUCACCAUUUCAUAUGGUGAGCUUGCUUGCUCAUGUCCAUGCACAGAAUACUCCCUCCUUAUGCAUGCCUAUUUCUACCAUGUGCUUUCUAGGCCUCAAAGCUGAUGCUUCCAGUGAAACACACGCAUCUUAUCAAUAAGGGUCAAUAAACGCUUCAUAUGAAACUA